GAGCCUCUUGGAGCUUUAGGUGUUUUCGCUGAAUAAACACUUACAACGCCCGGUCUGGGAAUUGAAACCGCGAUCCUAUGACCGCGAGUCCGCUGCCUUAACCACUGGGCCAUUGUGCCUCCACUGCGGAUCAUAUAUACAAUAGGAAUUGAGAUUUGCUGACACCGCAAGAAUUGAAGUCAAUCUUCUGUCAAUAAGUUAAAUUAGAAAUAUUAACAUGUCUUCUAGUAAACAAAAACGUAAUUUUCGCAAACGGCGAUGUUCAUCGUCAUCCGAAAGUGCUGAUGAAGAUGCUGAAUCUGGGAAUACGGAUCAAAUUAAAAGCAGUAUGAUUGAUAUAAAAUUGCUUCAGAAAUUGAGAGAAAAACCAAGAGGAGUUAAUGCAGCCAGUUUAGCCUUUGGUAAAAGUACAAAAAAGGAUGAAAUUGAAGCUAGUGACCCGUUCAAAAUGAAAACUGGUGGAAUUGUUGAUAUGAAAGCUUUAAAGAACAGUGUAUCACUGCAAGGAGGUGAUAUAGAAUCAAUAGGAACAGCUUUUGCUGCUGAGACAAACAUUCGAGACGAAGAUGCAGAAAUGUUAAAAUAUGUAGAGGAAGAAUUGGCCAAGAAGAAAGGGCAUGUUACAGAGAAAAGCCAAGAGAAACAAGCUCAUGCAGAAGAUGCACUUUACCAACUUCCUGAAAACCUAAAAGUUGAAUCAUCUACAAAGAAAAGUGAAGACAUGUUGUCAAAUCAGAUGCUGUCUGGGAUUCCAGAAAUUGACCUUGGAAUUGAUGCUAAAAUUAGAAACAUUGAACAUACAGAAGAUGCCAAACAGAAGCUUGUUCAAGAAAUGAUGAAGAAGAAAGACAGUGAAGUCUCUGAAUUUGUUCCUACAAAUAUGGCUGUGAAUUUUGUACAACACAAUCGCUUUACAAUUGAAGAAAGUGGACCUCGAUUAAAAGACAAGCAUUUGCUUCUGAAACCAAAGCUUCUCAGAGUGGGAGAUGCUGAGAAAAUUGGUGAAAUGGAUAAAAAAUCUAGAAGAGUUACAGUUGAACCUGAGGAAAAGGCAACCGAUGACUUCCAUUAUGAAAGAUUUAAGAAACAAAUGAGACGUUAUUAAGCAAACAUAAAACAUUUGAAAACUUUUCUUUCUGUAUGUUUGAUGGCCUAACAUCAUUCACAACUCAUGUGACUGAGAUGUUCAUCUACAUUCGUUGUAAACUUUUGAUAAUUUCUGUAGAUAAAUAUUCAUCUAAAUUUACAACUUAUUAAAUAUGUUAAUUUACUCAUGAAAUAUGUCUUAUAUAAUUGAUAUCCUUUCUUACACAGUUCCAGUACAGUAAAUUUGUAAACAGAGUAUUUUAUUCUUUAACUUAAAACUUAGCUGUUUUAAGCAGAAGUAAAACAACAAAUAUUAACUAGCAUAACUUUUUUUCUCUCUCAAGGUUCUAGGUUUAUGAGAAAAAUAGUGUUUUAUCCAAUAAUAAAAUACAAAGCAAUGUUUCUAGUAGACUUUAAACUUAAUAUUGAAGUGUUAAGAAUAAGAGCAAUAUUUUGCUUAUUCAAUUUCUUCAUUAGUAUUUAAUAAAACAAACAAAAAAAUGUCAAUUCUUGAAGCAUUUAAUAUUCCAGACACAACAGAAGGCUCCAAAAUAGGCAGAGUGUGACAUGGUGGUAGAGAUCCGUAAAAGACAAGAUAGGAAAGAAGGGGAGGGGUGCAGUGAACAAUAUCAGGUACCUAAAUAACACAUAACAAAUAAGGAGAGAAGCUGAAAGUAAGAAGUCUGUGAAGGUUCUAUGUUGUGAAGUUUGAAUGUUUGGAAUUGUAAAACAAUGGCAAUGUAAAUCAGAAGGGAGCUUGUGAAAAGUGUAUACAUAAUUAUAGUACUGCAUUAGCUCUUAUUGACUCCGAGAAGAAAGAGGCAUAGAAAUGCUAUACGAGCAGUUGCUGAAUGAAGAGAAUACAUAGAACAGAGUGAGGAUUAACCCAAACAGACCCAGCAGAGAGAUUAGCUAUAAAAUCAAAAGGACAAUCAAGGAUAUGAAGGGAAGGUGAAAAGCAGAACCAUCAGGUAUAGUUGUCAAGAUGUUGAAAAUGUCUGGCAAAGCAGGAUACUCACAUAGUCAACUGAGUAGUACAGGGAGAUGUCAUCCCCAAUAACUGGCACAGUGGUAUCAUUGUCAACUCUUACAAGGGCAAAGGAGAUAUCCUAGAAAGAAUUGUCUAUGAAAAUAGCAGAGAGACUCAUAGCACAAUUUAUUGAGAAGAAUUAGCUUAAAUGUGAUGCAGUUCAGGUUUGUACCAGUACAGCAAACUACCGAUACCUUUUUCUGUGAGAUACAACUACAAUUUGGUGGCCACUAAGAAAACAGGAUGCAAAAAAAUGGCAUAUGAGAGUUGCGAAAAACCAUGUACAGGGUUGCUGUCAACAGAAGGAGAGCAGCCAACAAGUUCAGUAAUGAAAUUAGCAUAAAGGCAGAUGUCCAUCAAUGCUUGGCUUGUAGUCUGCUUGUUUAUUAUAAUCCACCAGAUUACAAAUGAGAAGUUCAAGACAGGCAUCCCAUUGGAAUUGUUGUAUGCUAGUUUUUAAUAUCUGAAUCAGUUGAAGAAUUAGAGGAAAAAUUCUGAAUGUGGAGGCUGUGCCUAGAAUCAAGAGACUUAAGAGUAAACAUAUUCAGGACAAAAGCUUUAGUUAGGUGAGAAAACAGAACUCUACCACCGUCUGGAAAGAAGCCAAGCAUAAUAUGCAGAAAAGGAGUAGGUAGGAACUCUAUAUCAAAUAUCCAAUGUCAACUAUGGACACAAAAGAUGCAGUGAGGUCACAGACGUGCUGAAAGAGGAAGAUUUCAUAUAUAGCAGUUGCACAAGAGUAAGCAGUAAGAGCACAUUAAAAAUGCAUGCUUUCAAAUGCCCAGAAAGGUCAGCAUUAGUAGUUGACACCUGAUAACAAGUAACCAAAUCAACAACAUAUUUUUUAAAUUUAAAAACAAAAAGUACAUUUAAGUCUCCCAGUUAACAUGGUGUAAAAAUUUCUGUUUAUUAGAUGAAUAGGAUCAAACUUUAUAAAAUAUAGUUUUAAGGAGCCUUUUAGAAUGCAGUAUGUCAAAAGUCAUACAAAACUUUAUCUCCCAGCAUUAAUGUGUACUAUUGAUUUCAAUCACAAUUGGAUUUUUUUAACAAAAAAGUAUUGGGUGAGACAUUUAGAGACUUUAAGUUAUUCUUAAGAAAGUAACGUGACAUGAGUAAAAAAAAUUUUUUUUAAAUGACUAGUUCGUGUGAAACUGGUGUCAUUAAAGAAAUAGAUGAAAUGGUAGUUAACUCUGUUAAGAGUAGAUUGGUCUUUAGAAAAGAGUAAACGUGUAAGAAAAUGAUGUCCCAUACAAUAGCAAAGCUUGCAACUGAAUAAACACCUAUUUUUAUCUGUU